CUGCUUGGUGUGUGGUUCGUGGCGCGAUCUGGCCUAUUUGUGUAGUCCCCGCCUUCCACUCUGCCCAGGCCGCAUGCCCGCUCUUCGAGCAUAGGGCGUCGUUCACCAUCCUGACCCGGUAGUCGCUCCCUGUGGCUAUCGGUGACGCCGUCCAUACCUCCCCCAAGCUUCCAACCUUCGACAAGCAUGAACGGCGACCUCAGUCUCUCGCGGGCGCUCGGUGGCCUGCGGAUCGCCAAUCCCGACGACUCGCCCGGCCCCUCGCACGACGCUUCGACCGGUACAGACGACAACUACAUGAGUCAGCAAAACUGCGGGGCUGGAGAUGAAGUGAAGACCAGCACUGCUCUUCCCCCGCAGAACGUCGAGUCUCAAACAACCGCUCGUGAUUCCCCUGCCCGGCAGCCUCACACAUACGAGACCGCCGCGGCAAUCCUCAAGAAUGCUCAGGACAACUUGAACGUGGCUCGGGGUCUCGCGGGGCCCAUCAGCACAAGUGACUCCAAUCUUUCAGCACAAUCUGGCACUCACCAGCCGGCAAGCGGGACUCAGUCGUCGAGCUCAGCGCCUUUUUCCGAUCAGAAUCGAGGAGCGGAGCUUGACCCGCCAGGAGGGUCGUAUGGGAAUCCCAGGAACGAGACGUCACGAUCGUCCGUGUACGGCAUGAGGAGCGACCCGAGAUAUGACACGACAAAUGCAUCCCAGGUCCCAUCACGCGAGCCCAGCCGGUCAAACCAUUCUGGGCGGCCGGGGCCAUCCCAGCUGGGAAGCGGCUCAAAUGGCAUGCCGCCGCCCAGGAGGAGCUCCAGAGGCGUGGGAGGGGGGUAUGCCUCGAUUCCCGGUGUUCCGCAUGCGCCGCCGGGCAGUUACGGCCCGGAGGGGCCAAUGCUCACAAGCAGCGAGGAGUGGAAAGACAGGGGUGCUGCCGUCAGCCUGAGGAGAGAGGUGGACUCCGAAGGGAGGACCGUCAUAAAAUCGGUCAAAAAAGGGGUGAGAGACUUCUCAUUCGGGAGAAUACUCGGUGAGGGCUCCUACAGCACCGUCUACCUGGCCACCGACCGCCAGACCUUGCGGGAGUACGCGGUGAAAGUGCUGGACAAGAAGCACAUCAUCAAGGAGAAGAAGAUCAAGUACGUCAACAUUGAAAAGAACACACUGAAUCGGCUCACGGACCAUCCGGGCAUCGUCCGGCUGUACUACACCUUCCAGGACGAGACGUCUCUGUACUACGUGCUGGACCUCUGCAACGGCGGGGAGCUGCUCGGCGUCCUGAAGAGGACGGGGACCUUCGACGUGGAAUGCACCAGGUUCUAUGGUGCCCAGAUCCUGGACGCUAUCGCGUACAUGCAUUCUCGGGGAGUCAUUCACCGCGACCUGAAACCGGAGAAUGUGCUCCUAGACGAUCAGAUGCACAUCAAGAUCACCGACUUUGGCACGGCCAAGCUCCUGCCGGACCCGCGAGAGCCGAGACCCCCGGAAGACGUGCCGGGCCAGGGGGGCUCGCAAGAGGACAACCGGAACGCUUCUUUUGUCGGCACCGCCGAGUACGUGAGCCCGGAGCUGCUGACGGACAAGGCGGCAGGCAAGCCCAGUGAUUUAUGGGCGUUUGGCUGCAUCAUAUACCAACUGCUCGCUGGCCGUCCGCCGUUCAAAGCGGCAACGGAGUAUUUAACAUUUCAGAAGAUCGUCGGCCUGGACUACGAAUUUCCCGCGGGCUUCCCCCCGGCUGCACGAGACCUCGUGGAGCGGUGCCUGGUGCUUGACCCUGCGCGGCGUCUGACUGUGGAACACAUCAAGAACCACGAGUUCUUUGACGGGCAGAAGUUCGGCAAGGACCUGUGGCUGACGAAGGCUCCGCGCCUUCGACCAUACGUGCCCCCGGCGCAGGAGCCUCACAUCAUCCAACUGAAUGGACCAGGCGCGAAUGCGCCCAAGCCGCCCGCUUCCCGAGGACAUCAUGCGCAGCCCAACGGCUCAAGGCCGGGCCGAAUCAUCACGGAACUGCCGCCGCCAACGCAGCUGGAUAUCGAAUGGUCCCCAGUCUUGACUAGGGACAACGAGAGGAUAUUGAAGCUCGGCGACUUGAUGGUGAUAUCCUCGCCAAUCCCCAACAAUCACGGGCGGGGGGACGGCGACGGUCACAAGAAGCUGUCGCGCUUCUUUGGCGGCAGCACCACCAAGAAACGGCAGCGGCUCGUCAUGGUUACGUCGAGCGGACGCAUCGUGCUUGCGCCGGCUGGUGGGGAGGAGAAACGGGCCAAGCAGGAGAUCUCGCUGCUGGCACCGGAUUGCACGUGGAAGACGCAAAUCGACGCCAAGGGACAGACAGUCUGGUGCGUCGACGUGAACGGUGUGCACUACACCUUCGAAGAACCCAAGUCGUCGCAGAACGGCGACGCCAAAUUCUCGGUGGACGAUUGGAUCGAGUCGCUCGAGCGCGCAAAAGAACUGGCCAUGUCGCAGAACAUGGCUGGUUCCUACAGCAACGAUAACGGAUUCGGCGGCAUGUCGUCGACCUUGUCCAGCCCGGCAAGCACGAUGGGGGGAAUGGCCAACCUCCAGGAGGGAUACAACAUCAGCGACAGGUCGGGCCGCAACCAGCCCAACAGGAGCCAAGCCAGCCUGGAGGAGACCGCAGUGAAGCGUAACCGCUUCAGCAAGCGGCAGUCCAAGAACGGUCUUGGCGCUGCUUUCUGAUUCACAUGCAUGCCGCCAAUCGAGUCACAAUCUGCGGAUGCGGCGCGUUUUCCUUCCAACGGAUUUGAGGACAUUAUCUUGGGGUGCGGCUUUGCUGGCGUUGGGUUCCACCGGAGGAGGAUUGGA